GGGGGUAUCUGUUUCUUACCUAAAGAGGGGUAAGGGAAACUUUCAGACUUUGAUGCUUUCAUUGAUCAAAGGAUCAAGGAUUAGAGCAAACCUGAGAUUUGCAUAUGAAGAAUACUGCGCACCCACAAAACCAAUGCAUCCAAGAUCAGGAGGAAAACGGGGGAAACUGGGAGAAAAUCUUUACAACAUAUUUCCCUCAUAGAAGUCUCAUUUCACAAAUAUAUGGGAAACUGAGCCGGAUUUGUAAAAAUAAGAGCCAUUCCCUUUUUGAUAAACGGCCAAAGGAGAUAAAAAGACAACUUUCAGGAGAGAUCAGCGCUAUCUGAGCCAGUGAGAAAUGCACAUUAAAACAACUGUGAGGAGGCACCACUGCACAGCUAUCAAAUGAGCAAUGCUGGAGAUGCUGGGCCCGAAGGGAAGUUCACAUUUGACCUUCACUUCAUCCCUGAGGAUACUUUUGAUUACCUCUAUCUAAAGUAUCUGAAAGUAUCCGAGCAGUUUGAACCUGAUUGGCUUCAGAGACGAGGGCUCCCCAGCAGCAGGAGCAGCAGCAGCAGCAGCAAGCCCCUAUUUCAGGGACAGCCCACAUGGAAGAAGAAGCUUUAGAGUCUCGGGAAGGGCCCCAGCAGGGUGAACAGAAUGAGGGAUGGCGGGAUAGUCUGAGAGCCUGACUGGUGGGGGGAACCUCCCUCCUGGCCUUGGUUGGAUACAGGAAUCAGGCUCUGGAAGAAUGUGGACUAGAGGAGCGUGGGGGAGGGGGGGGCACUGAGGGAAGGGUCAGGCCCCCAGCCAGUGAGGUUCCAGAGCCAGCUGAGGGCAGAGCAGUUGGCAAGGCUCCCUUGAGGGGACCCGGAAGAGGAAGGGCUCAGAGCUCAUGCCAUGUGGGGACUGGUAGAAGGAGGUGUGGGGGUGCUCCUUGGAGAGGCCAGGAUAGCUGUUAGUAUUUGAAGGGCAGCUUGUGGAAGAGGGUCAGACCGGCUCUGUUUGGCCCCAGAAGGCAAACUAUAAAAGGGUGGUGUUGGGAACGACCCCCAGCCAGCCCCAAGUGCUGUGGGUUCCCUGGGCCAGACCACCUGACCAACCCUUUGUGAGGAAAGCUGUGGAGGACGUUUCAGCCCUACGGCCCCAGAUUCACACCUGGAAGGGACCUCAGAGGCCAUAGAGACUGGAACUCGGGCCCUGAACCCUCUGACCACUGCCCCAAAGUCAGGCCUAGUUUGGACAAGAGUCUCUCUGCUGUGUUUGCCAGCCCUGAGGCUUCUUCCUGCCUCCAGGCCAAGCCCAGAGGAGCCCAAGAACCAAGGCCUCACAUUUUUCAUCUUGUAUUUGCCUGGGUCACGUUCGAGUAGGUGAUUGUUACAGCGCAGCCUCCAAAAAGGGAGAUGAAGGAUCCCUUUUGGAGUAUUGUGGGCUGGCCCUGAUAGUUCAGGGUUGAUAUUGGAAUCAGAUGAGCCCCUCCAACGUUGUUCCACGGUGGGCACUGAGACCCAGAGAGUUUGUUCACCCCAGGGACACUCCCAGGCGUCUUUCCUGGACACUGGACUUAGGGAGGACCGAUGUGUCCAGUUGGGCUCCAUCACUCACUAGCUAUGUGGUCUAUAACAAGGCAUCAAACAUCUCUGAGCCUUUUUCCUGCUUUUAUAAGGGGGAAAUUUUUCUUGGAGGAUCCAAGUAAAGAAGCACUAGAUGGUUCAGUGAUAGAACUCUGGGCCUGGAGUCAGGAAGACCUGGGUUUGAAUCCUACCUCUGAUAUUUACUUACCAUGUCACCUACUCUCACUUUCCAGGGUUGUUUUGAGGAUCAAAUUAGAUAAACCUUAACCCUAAAUCACAACUGAAUGGAACUACAGGCACGAGCUCAGGCUAAUAUCUUUUCUGAUGAGAAUGUCAAGAUGGCCCCGAAGUUGGGGGAAUACUUCAUUUUUGAGAGGUUGGCCAACAUCUAUUCAAAAUACAGGUUUCGAAGUUCACAUUUCGGGGUUGAGGGAGAUUUGCCCGGUGGGAAUUACUCUAUAAAAGCCAUCCAGUGAGCCAGCUUUUAUUGGUUAUGUAGAUAAGCAAUGGCAAGGCAUUGCCUUGAUGACUGUAGAAUUCUUGGAAUUAGGAGGAGAGCCAUUGCCAUAUUGCUUUGAUAUAUAUGGGGUGUGGGGGGAACAGAGAAAAGUUCCCUUUCCUGAUACAGAUGGCAGCCCAUGCAUGUUUGCUGUUCCUGGACCAUUCUUGUCCAGAUCCUCCCAAAAGUUUUCCCCACAAGGUCCAACUGGUAUGCUAGACACCUUCCUCAGGUUCUGUUGACAUCACAAGUGCAUCAGCACCUUUCCUCCUACCACAGGACUGGCUCCUCUUCUAUUGCUCACAUGCAUUCUAGGAUGACAUCUUCUACCUGGCUUCCCUUGUGUGCUGAGUGGCAGCUGCUCACACCCAUCCCAUGUUCCUCCACCUCUCUUUGGGGGACAUUCACCUUCAGGUCUUGGGGGCCUGUCCUGGAGAUCUCAGAGCCCUUCCUGCUCCCCACAAGAAUAUUGCUAUUCAGAAGAUGGAUCAGUGUUGAAUUAAAGAGUGUGUGGUCUAUCCAAAUAACAGCAAUGGAGGCAGACAGGAUGGUGCAUUUCAUGAUCCAGACCCUCCCUAUUCCUUAUCCCCUUGGGGCUCCACCACGGCCUAAGCCUUAGUUCCCUCGGCACAAUGUCAUCUGCCAGUAGGAGUGUUGGGGAUCUCAUCCCUGUAGGAAUUCCCUCUUAGGAACUUGUGAGCUGAUGGUACUGUUGUGUGCCUCAAGAUAGGAUUUGGUGUGAGUCAGUGGGCAGGAUGGGGAUGUCAGUUGGAUUUCUGUAUGGAUGAUCUUGAUCUUUGGCACAAGAGGCAGGAUGGAGCAGCAGACAGAGCAGGAACUUGGGAGUGCAAAGACCUGGUCUGAGCCUUAGUUUAUACUACUUGUGACAGGGAGGUUGCCAGUGAGGCUUUUUUAGGCUCAGUUUUCUCAUCUGUAUAUUGGGAAUAUAAUAUAAUUAAAAACAAAAAAUAUAAAUAAAAUAAUCUCAUACCUAGAUGGUAUGGUUAGGGUUAGCAAAACAUGCAGUAUAAUAUGGGGAUUGCAGGACUUUGGGGGGUAGAAGGGACCUUGAGGAUGUAAAAAUAAAAAUAAUAAUGGCAAGCUACACAAAAUAGGUGUAAUCAAAACUGUUCAAUAUAGGUUCAAAACUGUUUGGAUACUUAUGUUAGAGGUAAUCAAAAGCAUCCUCAGGGAUGAAGUGAAAUGUGAACUUCCCUUCAGGGUCAGGCGCAAGGACACUAAAGAGACUCUUAUUAUAAAUAUACAAUGUUUAUUGAAUUAUAUAAGGAUAAAUAAAGGAUUUCUAAUUCUACGGGAUUCUAAAUCCACUCAAAUAAGCUCCCAGGUGCCCCGAGGAACUGCUUCUCCUGUGUUUCACAGGCUAUGCUACUUCUCCCUGACCUGACUAACCCCAAUUUAUACUAUCUAAAUAAAAACUACUGCUAUUAUCCUUAUACUUCUUAACUUCGCCUUCAAAUUAUAAAAUAGGAAAGGCUAGCUGGUUGAGUCUUGACAAGAAUCAAGUUAGGACUCAUUUUUCUUUGGUCUUCUCAGAGUUAAAUAAUCUAUAAAAACUGCAAUAGAUAGUCACUAGCGUUUCCCCAGUUGGGAAAGGAGAACCCUGAGCUCCUUCAGGUCUUUCCCUCAGACAGGGAGAGGCAAAGAUGUUCCUCCUCCAGCCCUGAGAGAGUCUCUGCCAACUGCCAGAGAGAGUAAUUGACACAGAAAAACGGUUGUAACUGUCAACAUCUGAAAUUGACACUCUCUCAGCUCUGCUUUAAACUCCAGUUCUUGUCUCAAGCAGCCCCUCUACUUCUUAUUCCUAAACUAAUAAAACAAUACUGAUUUUCUAAUAUCAUCCUUACAAGGAUCACCUAGUUUAACCUCAUUUUCUUUCAUUUUAGUUUUUAAUUAGACAGUAUUAAGUAUCUACUAUGUGCCAACUCUAUGCUAUAAACACUAUAAAUGCUAUAAAACUUUUUAAAUUUACUUUCCAAUUCUCUCCUUCCCUCCAGCCCUUCCCCCACCCCUCAAGAAGGCAUCCAAUAAAUUACACAUUAGACAUGUGAAGUCAUGCAGUCAGACUCCAUGUUAGCCAUAUCGCGCCCCUCUCCCCUUCUCCCCUCGCCAUCUACACUUGGAGUCCAUUAGUUCUCUUUCUGGAGACAGAAGCAUCUUUCUUUCAUCAUGCCCCUUUGGAAUUGUCAAGGCUCAUUCAAUGGAUCAGAGGAGUUGUUCAUAAUCCAGUAUUAUUGUCACUACGUAAGACCUGGUUCUGCCCAUUUCACUGUGCAUCAGAUGUUCAUGAGCCAGUGACCUUCCAAGAUGUGUCGGUGGUCUUCACUCAGGAGCAGUGGGCUUCCCUGGACCCCUCUCAGAAGGAGCUGUACCGGGAUGUGAUGCUGGAGAACUACCAGAACCUGUUCUGCUUGGGCCUGGCCGCGACCAAGCCUGAGGUGAUCUACCAGCUGGAGCGAGGGGAGGCACCUUGGAGGCCCGAGGAGAGAGGCACAGAGGGCAGCCACCCAGAUUGGGAGAGCAGGCCUGAAACCUACAAAUUGACUCCCAACCUGGACAUUUCUGCUGGGCACGUGUUCCAGGACAGGCUUACAAAGGGUGGUCUCUGGAUCUCCUACUUGAGAGAAGACUGGGACUGUGAUGCCAGAUUAGAACGGUGUCAGAGCGGGGAGGAGAAAGGCUCACAACAAGUAAAUAUUGCCCAAAGGAAAGCUCCCAGGAAAACGAUGGGUUGUGUGGCUUAUAAAACUUUCCAAAGCAUCCUUUUGGAUCCAAAGUUUUUCAUACAACACCAAGUAGAAAAGGAUCUUCCCAAAUAUGAUCUAGGUGGAGAGAACGUUGUGUUAUUUUCAGAGCCAAAGACAUGUCAUCAAAUUUGCUCUAAGGAGAUAGUUUCUACUUCUAAAUCUGACUUUGUUGCAUGUCACAGGCUUUAUUGUGGAGAGAAACCUGGUGAGUCUAAUGAAUGUGAGAAAGGUAUCAUCCUAAACCCAACCGUCAAUUCCUAUCAGAAAAUUGCUAUUGGAGAAAAAUCUUGUAAAAGUAAUAAAUCUGGGAAGACUUCCUCCAGAACCAUAGAAUUAAAUGAAAAUCGGCCAAUAUCCAAAGAAGCAAUUCCUUCUGAAUAUAAUGAGCAUGGGAAAUCUUUCAACCAUAACUCAUCCCUUCCUUCCAGUCCAAAAGUUCACCUGGAGAAGAAAUCUUAUGAAUGUUUUAAGUCCUUUCCCCAGAGUUCACAGCUUCCCCAACAUCAGAAAAUUCAUCAUAAAGAAAAGCAUUAUGAAUGUAAAGAAUGUGGGAAGACCUUCAGCCAGAGAGGAUACCUUCCUGGACAUCAGAGAAUUCACACUGGAGAGAAGCCUUACAAAUGUAAAGAAUGUGGGAAGGCCUUCCGUCUCCGAGAGCACCUCACUCGACAUCAGAGGAUUCAUACUGGAGAGAAGCCUCAUAAAUGUAAUGAAUGUAGGAAGGCCUUCCACCUCAGCACAGAUCUUGCUCGACAUCAGAUGAUUCAUACUGGAGAGAAGCCUCAUAAAUGUGAUGAAUGUGGGAAGGCCUUCAGCCAGAGAGGACAUCUGACUGUACAUCAGACAAUCCAUACUGGGGAGAAACCUUAUGAAUGUAACGAUUGUGGGAAGGUAUUUCGCCUCAGAGGACUUCUGACUAAACAUCAGACAAUCCAUACUGGAGAAAAACCUUAUGAAUGUAGUGAAUGUGGAAAGGCUUUCCACCUGAGAGAGCAACUUUCUCGCCAUCAGGGUAUUCAUACUGGAGAUAAACCUUAUCAAUGUAAGGAAUGUGGGAAGGCCUUCUACCUGAGCACGGAGCUUACUCGGCAUCAAAGGAUUCAUGCUGGAGAGAAGCCAUAUGAAUGUAAGGAUUGUGGGAAGUCCUUCCACCUGAAUACAGACCUAAUUGGCCAUCAGAGAAUUCAUACUGGAGAGAAGCCUUACGAGUGUAAAGACUGUGGGAAGGCUUUCCACCUGAGAGCACACCUUUCUCGCCAUCAAAGGAUCCAUACUGGAGAGAGGCCUUAUGAGUGUCAGGAAUGUGGGAAGGCCUUCCACCUGAGCUCAGAUCUGACUCGCCAUCAGAGGAUCCAUACUGGAGAGAAACCUUAUGAAUGUAAGGAAUGUGGGAAGGCCUUCCUGCUGAGCACCGAUCUGACUCGCCAUCAGAGGAUUCAUACUGGCGAGAAGCCUUAUGGAUGUAAUGAGUGUGGGAAGGCCUUCCACCAGAGAGAAUACCUUACUCGACAUCAGAGGAUUCAUACUGGGGAGAAACCAUAUGAAUGUAAGGAAUGUGGGAAAGCCUUCUGCCUGAGGGAACAAUUUACUAGACACCAGAGGAUUCACACUGGAGAGAAACCUUAUGAAUGCCAAGAAUGUGGAAAGUCCUUUCGCCUCAGAGAACUCCUUACCCUGCAUCAAAGGAUUCAUACUGGAGAGAAACCACAUAAGUGUGAUGAAUGUGGGAAGGCCUUCAGCCAGAGAGGACAUCUGACUGUACAUCAGACAAUCCAUACUGGGGAGAAACCUUAUGAAUGUAACGAUUGUGGGAAGGUAUUUCGCCUCAGAGGACUGCUGACUAAACAUCAGAUAAUCCAUACUGGAGAAAAACCAUACGAAUGUAAUGAAUGUGGGAAGGCUUUCAGCCUGAAAGGGCAUUUAACUCGACAUCAAAGUAACAAAAAGCAUCCCUUCUUUGUAAAUUGAUCUACCUAGGAGCUGUAUGGUGGAGAUUAGCUACAUAAAACAAGCAAAGAAUGGGAAGGAAUUCCAUUUUUGUAGAUUCUUUAGAUUUGCAUAAUAAAAGGGAUAAUUGGCAUAAAAUUGAUCUAGAUAAUUAAUAUCACACCAAUCAAAAUGCCAAGAAGUUUCUUCAUAGAAAUGGAUCAGUUAUAAAAAUAACCCUAUGAUAGAACAAACAGGCAGGAUUUCUACUAGCAUACCAAAAUACAAAAAAAGCUUAUAGAUCCCUCAGUUAUCUAGAAAGGGUCUACAUGCUAGGAAUCCCACAUGCUGAGGAAUCAAAAACAAUAGCUGAAACUAUCUUUGCCCUCAAGAAUUUGACAGUCUAGUGGAGGAGAUAACACGUACAUAUAUAAUACCUAGCAUUUAUGGAGCAUCUACUGUGUGCCAGGCCCUGUGCUAAGCACUUUGCAGUGAGUUGCACCUUACACCCACUCUUGGAAGUAUUAUUGUUAUCCUCAUUUUCCAGUCAAGGACAGAUUAAGUGACUAGAUUUGAACUCAGGUCUUCCUGACUCCAGCCCAGUGCUCUGUCCACCAUAUCACCUAGCUGCCAAUAUACUUUGUUUCAGUAUAUACACAAAUAUCUCAUAGUAAAUGUUCCUCAAAAUGCAAAAGAGCUAAUUAUGUGGAAGUUAGGGAGGAAAGCCAUGAGUAGGGAAAAAAUCAGUAAUGCUAGACACAUGUAUGAAGUGCUGGUAGCAUAGAAGAUGGGGGGGCGGGGUGCUAAGUGAGCUCAAGAUCUGUGAGUUUGAGAUUAUUAUCCUUUUGGAAGUGGCCCAGCCCAUGAAAAGCAGCUGGGCUGGCUCUAUCUUGGGCACAUAUUUUCUGUUCUAGAGACGUUUGAAAGGUCAUGCAGAUUGGGAAAAAAUGUCUUUGUUACUCAGUCAUUUUUCAGUUGUGCCUGACUCUUUGUGACCCCCUUUGGGGUGUUCUUGACACAGACCUCAUUUCCUUUUCCAGCUCAUUUGACAGAUGAGGAAACAGAGGCAAAUAGGGCUUAGGGUUAAAAGAGAGGCCUUCUUGAAUUCAGGCCCAGCACUCUAUCCACUGCAGAGAGAAGUUCUAUUUAUCGCAUUGUUGCUCAUGAGACCGCCUACUUAUUAUUUUUAAAAAUACUAGAAAUCAUUGGAGUAAAUCAAGCCUUUCUUUUUUUAAUUAAAUAUUUUAUUUGUCCCAGUUACAUAUAAAAACAAUUUUUGACAUUUUGUUAUUUAAAAUUUAUAGUUCCAGAGGGCAGCUAGGUAACUCAGUGGAUUGAGAAAUAGGCCCAGAGAUGGGAGGUCCUGGGUUCAAAUCUGGUCUCGCACUUCCUAGCUGUGUGACUCUGGGCAAGUCACUUAACCCCCAUUGUUUAUCCCUUACCACUCUUCUGCCUUAGAACCAAUACACGGUAUUGAUUUUAAGGCAAAAGGUAAGGGUUUUUUUUUUGUGGGGGUAGCUUUAGAAGUUAGGUUUUUAAAAAUAAUAAAAUGAAAUCUUUAGUUCUAAAUCCUCUCUCACCUUCCCUCCCCCCCAUCUUCAGAAAGCCAGUAAUUUGAUAUAGAUUAUACAUGUGUAAUUGUGUAAAAUAUAUUUCCACAUUAGCCAUGAUGUGUGAGAGAGUGUAGCACCCAUGCCCCUCCCCCCAAAAUAAAAUUUUCAGAAAAGUAUUCUUUGAUCUGCAUCAGACUCCAUCAGUACUUCCUCUGGAGGUAGACAACACAAGUCCUUUAGGAAUUGUCCUGGAUCAUUGCAUUGCUGAGAAUAGCUAAAUCUUUCACAGGGGAUCAUUCUUAUGAUAUUCUUGUUACUGUGUACAUUGUUCUUCUGUGCACUUCACUUUGCAUCAGCUCAUGUAAGUCUUUCCAGGUUUUUCUGAAAACACUCUCCUCACUAUUUCUUAUAGCACAAUAAUAAUCCAUCACAGUCAUCUACCAUAAUUUGUUUAGUUGAAGAACAUCCCUUUCAUUACCAAUUCUUUGCUACCACAAAAAUAAGUGCAAUAAGUAUUUUAGUGUAUAUAGAUCCUUUUCCUGUUUUAGUGUUGUUGUUGUUAUUUUUGUUAAAUCACUUUGGGAUACAGAAUUAGUAAUGCUAUUGUUGGGCCAAAGAAUAUCCAUCAUUUUAUAACACUUUGGACAUAGUUCCAAAUGCAUUUGCAGAAUGAUUGAAUCAACUCCAUCAACAGUGCAUGUGUCCCAACCUUCCCACAUCCCUUCCAAUAUUUGUCAUUUUCCUUUUCUUAUCACAUUAGCCAAUCUGAUUGGAGCUGGUACCUCAGAGUUCUAUUAAUUUGCAUUUCUCUAGUCAGUAGUAACUUAGAGCAUUUUGCAUGUGACUUGGUAGAUACUAUUUCUUCUGAAAACUUCAUGUUCAUAUACUUUAAUCAUUUAUCAAUUGAGGAAUGACUUUUAGUUUUAUAAAUUUGAUUCAGUUCUCUCUAUAUAUUUGAGAAAUGAGGCCUUUCUCAGAGAAACAUGGUGUAAAAAUAUUUUCCCAGUUUUCUGCUUUCUUUCUAAUCUUGUGGUUGGUUUUGUUGGUGCAAAACCUUUUUAAUUUAAUAUAAUCAAAAUUACCUAUUUUACAUCUCUAUGUCUUGUUUGGUCAAAAUUUCUUCUUAUUUGGAAGAUCUGACAGGUUUACUAUUCCAUGCUCUCUUAAUUUGCUUUUGGUAUCACUUUUUAUUUCUAAGUCAUGGACCCAUUUUGACCAUAUCUUGAUAUGAGGUGUUGGUCUAUACCUAAAUUCUACCAAAUUUCUUUCUACUUUUCCCAGCAGUUUUUGUCAAAAAGUGAGUUCUUGUCCCAAAUCCAAUAUUAGAUUACUACAGUCAUUUUCUACUGUAUUGUGUACCAAAACAAUUUCACUGAUCUGCCAUUCUGUACUUUAGUCAGAACAAGAUUUUUUUGAUGAUUACUGCUUUCUACUACAGUUUGAUAUCUGGUAAGGCUAGACCUCUUUCCUUCAUGUUUGUUUUUUUAUUCCCUCGACCUUUUGUUCUUGCAGGUGAAUUUUGUUAUUAUUUUUUCUAGCUCUAUAAAAUAAUUUUCAGUAAUUUGAUCCAUAUUGCACAGAAUUAAAUAAAUUACUUUAAACAGGAUUGUCAUUUUUAUUAUAUUUCCUCAGCCUACACAUGCCAUGAGCAACAAUUAUUUUUCCAAUUAGGUAGAUGUGACUUUAUUUGUGUGAAAAGUGCCCUCCAUGAGUCUCGUCUCCCCCACCCCCCAACCCCGGCUCAGUCCCUAGGCUGUUUUCUUAUUUUCGAUUUUAUGAAUCUUUCCUUUGAUUUUCAAGAUUUCCAAUUUCAUGUUUAGUUGGGGUUUUAAAUUUUACUUUUUCUGUUUUUUUUUUUAGUUGUAUGCUCUGGUCAUCUGCUUUUUCUCUAUUUUGUUAAUAUAAGCUUUUAGAAAUAUAAAUUUUCCCUAUACUAUAUAUUUUGGCAGUAUCUCAUAAAUUUUGGUAUGUUGUUUCUUUUUUAAAAUCAUUUUUAAAUGAAAUUAUUGAUUAUUUCUGUGAUUUGUUCUUUGACCCUUUAGGAUUAGAUUUCGUUUCUAAUUAAUUUUUCAUCUAUUUUUCCACAGCCCUUUUAUAACUAUAAUUUUUAUGACAUUAUGAUCUGAAAAGGAUGCAAUUACAAUUUUUUUUUUACAUCUGGUUGUGAACUUUUUAUGCCUUCAUACAUAGUCAGUUUUUGUGAAGGUGCCAUAUACUGCUGAGAAAAAGGAAUAUUCCUUUCUAUUCCUAUUCAGUUUUCUCUAGAGGUAUAUCAUAUCUAACUUGUCUAAAAUUCUGUUCAUUUCCUUAAUUUCUUGUUCAUUUUUGGGUUAGAUUUAUCUAGUUCCAAUAAAGGAAAGUUGAGAUACCCCAGUGAUAUAGUUCUACUAUUUCCUCCUAUAACUCAUUUAACUUUUCCAUUAAGAAUUUGGAUGUUAUAUUGUUUGGUACAUUUAUGUCAGAUAUUGAUAUUACUUCAUUGUCUAUGGUACCUUUUAGCAAAAUGUAGUUUCCCUGCUUAUCUCUUUUAAUUAGAUCUAUUUUUGUUUUUACUUUAAGAUCUUGAUGGCUACUCCUGCGUUUUCUUCUUUCACUUCAACCAAAGCAUAAUAAAUUCUGUUCCAGUCACUUACCUUA